UUUUGACCUUCCGAUACCUUCAAACCGGGUUUAGACACCAAAGUUCACGCCGCUCAGCGAUCAUGAUGCGUUUGCUCUCACGCUUGUUUACUCUACAUGUUUCUCGCAGGCUUUCUGUUUGUUACUCGCGCACUCUUAUCCCAUCUGUUGUUCUUCAUUAAGCUUUUUGCAGGCGGCUUUGAAUCAUGUCUCAAGCGUCGGAAUCGCCGCUUGAGACGAUGUAUCGUCGUCGUCCAUCGUUAAGAAGACCACCAGUUCGUAAUGUGAAUUCACCUCGACUAACCGAGGAUGAGGCUGAUCAGCUGACUAGCCCUUUUUUGAAUUAUAGCACAGGAUAUACUUACGCGUUCAGCCAGUCCUAUGACCCCGAUAAACCCCCGGCCUGGGAGGUUCCUAACAUCAACAACAAUUUUCUUCAUACACCUCAUGUAUCCAAUAAUCACGAAUAUGUAGAACAUGUGGCUGCUCCAAGUAUCAUGCGCAAGCUUGGUCAGACUGUAUCAGAUGCUUUCUAUGCGGUGUUGAACACUAUACUUUGGGCAUUCUACAGUGUAACAGUACGACCACUGAAAGCUCUGGGAUUGUUGUUUUACGAUAUUGUUGAGGGAGCAUUCUACCUAACACGUUCACUCAGCGACUCUAUAUCCGACUGUGUGUACGAGUAUGCCGGUGGAUACCAUCACCCCUAUCGUCGUCGAUCACUUUACGAAAUUCUCGUAAUAGCUAUGUUCAAGCUGGUCUCUGGCACAUUCAACAUACUACGUAUGCCAGUUGAUUUCAUCGCUGGACUCUACCGCGAAGCAAGUCUCCUCCUCACUCGAAAGUAUUACGAGCUGUUGGCUGAGAAGGGAAGGAAAGUGCACACGGAGGCUGUGAUCAAAAAGUUCAGAGCGAUGAACAAGGAAACUGCUGAACUAACUCGGUGGAGGUUGAUGAGAAAAGCAGAGCAGGAAUCAGCAGCUAAAUACGAAUGGGGUGGCGGCGAUCAUAAUUACGACGCGAAUGACCCUUAUGAUCCGGACAGGAGAUUCUAUAAUCUUCGUUCUCGAAACGUAGCUGCAUUUGACACUGACUCUGAAGAUGAUGAUACGCCUAGGCGACGCAAGACUGUACGCUUUGAUACAGUACCAAGUGUAACGACUUACGGUGGUUCUGAUUUCCGCAAAGCUUCCAUGGCUACCCGUAUUGCCACUUGGCUUGGAUCUAUGGCCUCCUCUGCCGUGUAUUAUAUGCUGUCCGCUGCUGAUUUUGCUCUGAAAUGCAUUAAGGCUCCAUAUCGUAUACUGACCGGAGAAGUUGAUCAAGACUAUGUUACCCCGUCGAACUCAGCAGAAGAGGUGUACCUGCAUGGUCGUCACUCACAUGUUCGCAGAAUGACUGCCGGCGCAGAUGCUGAUUAUGAGGAUGAAGACCAUGAUUUAUAUAUGGAACCGGAACCAUCACCUCUUCUUUCCCGAUUCAUGUCUUUCUGCUCCACCGUGCUGUACGCUCCGUGUCGUGCUUUCCUUUUCAUCACAUUUGCUGUUGUGGAUUUAAUACGGUGGUUGCUGUCAAGAGUGACGAGUGCGCCUAGAUGGCUUUGGGAAAAUGCGAACUACCUGGUCGAUGAAAUGUUUAGCAGGCGACGGCGUUGGCUGUGGUGGUUGCUGCCUCUCUUUCUCCUGCUUCUUCUGGCGCUUACCCCACGCAACAGAGAUGAUCCGCUUACUCUGUUUGGUCACAAAGUCUCUGAUGUUCCCGAUCGUAUAAAGAACUACGCUUCCAGUAUGAUGGACUCGGAAGGACAUUAUGCGAAGUCUCUCAACUCUAUUUAUGAUGAGUACUGGAAAAACGGGAGAUUUGGCAAGUAUGAUAUACUUACAAGGCUUUCAAGUGCAGUAUCGAAUGGGUGGCUUUUUGCUUUCAAGCUAGUUAGAGGUGCCUAUGAUCUCCUGAAUGCAAUCGUAAGUGAUUCAAUUUCUUUUGUGGUGGACCUCGUAUCAAAGUUACCUCGUCUGCUUUAUCCGAAAAAGACUUUGGAACCUUCAUUUAACAUGCCACAUGAAGAAGACGCAGAAUCGUCGACACUUGUUGGGCCAUCACCACUAACGAAGUACUUGACUGGUGCCAAUAUGUCUUUUUGGAAGUCAUCUGCUUAUGGAUUAGCUGCUAACGCUCAGAAAUGUCUGUAUGACUUUCUAAGUAAUGUCAAAGACGUCGGAGCAUUUCUUACCUCAGGAGUGCAGCAGACUGUUAGGCUGCUUUUCAAUAUAAUCUUAUUCCCUUUCACCCGAAUUCUGCCUGAAUUAUCUUCUUCGUUGAAAUCGUCAGCUCUCGCUGUGGCUAGUACUACUGAGAAAUAUCUACAAAACACUUUGAUGGCAUUUGUGAACAUGGGAGGAUCUUUGGUUCAAUACUUAUUCAAUAUUCUACGAUGGUUCGGGCAUGGCCUCUCCAGUCUAUUUUUAUUGUUUUCUUCGCGUCUUGACCGACAUCAUAUCACAACAGUCGACGAGAAACCUGUGGAGCAGACCGUUGAUACUAUUCCCCAGUCACAAAACGUUGGAGGUGCUACUGAUGAGCCAAAAGUUGUUUACGUGCCUUCUCCAACAUCUUCGAUCGACGAGAAGAAAAUGAUCGACAGGAUCACGGCCAUUGUACACGCUAAGAUGGACCAAGAUUUGAGGGCGAAACUGGAAACAGAACUGAAGUCGCUAAAAGAGUCUUACGAGGAAAAGAUCUUAUCGCUAAAGCAAGAGAAGUCUCGUGCGGAAAUUGAUUAUACUCAACUGGAGUCACUCAUUCAUGCAGCAAUAUCCGAAUACGACAGCGAUAAAACGGGAAUGUUUGACUUCGCUCUGGAAAGCGCUGGUGCUUCUAUCAUAUCAACUCGGUGCUCGGAAAAUUACAACACAUAUUCUCGUCUUGAAAAGAUCUGGAACAUUCCUCUUUGGUACUCUAGCUAUGGGCCAAGAACUGUGAUCCAGCGUAAUUCCAAAACGCUGUUCCCUGGGGAAUGCUGGUCAUUCAAAGGACCUGUUGGCUAUAUCACGAUCGGCCUCUCGCAUCCUAUUAACAUAACGAUCUUCAGCUACGAACAUAUUGGCGCUCAUCAAGCUCCGGGUGGCCAGCGCCCCAGCUGUCCGAAAACUUUCAAAUUAUGGGCUUACAAGUCUGAAGCUGAUAUGGAGACCAGAGUUCUUUUGGGUGAUUUCAUGUACGACAUCAAAGGCCCGCCUCUGCAGUUCUUCGUCAUAAAGACUCAACCCGACUACCCGGUGAAAAUCAUAGAAAUGGAGGUUACGAGCAACUACGGGGCCGAGUACACUUCUUUGUACCGUCUGCGCGUGCAUGGAUCUCUUUAUAAACCCGGAAAUGAUGUAAUCGUUUCUCACUUCCUAUCCUGA